CAGUCCCUCCUGGCCCACGGUGUGCAGCUGGCCAGACCAAGUGGUGGCGGAAACCGGAAAGGCAAGAGUAAGAAAUGGCGCCAGAUGCUGCAGUUCCCCCACAUCAGCCUCUGCGAGGAUCUUCGACAAACCCUCGAGCGGGACUACCACAGCCUGUGUGAGAAGCAGCCCAUUGGGCACAUGCUCUUUCGGCAGUUCUGCGAGACACGACCUGAGCUGUCACGCUGCGUCAAGUUCCUGGAUGCCGUGGCAGGGUACGAAGUGGCUCCAGAUGAGAAGCGGAAGGAAUGUGGGCAGCACCUGAUUGAAAAGUACUUGAAGCCAAACAGUGAGGACCAUGUGCCUGAAGUCCCCUCGCAGCUGGUGGAUGCCUGUUGUGAGAGGCUGGAGCAGGAACCUUCCAAGGAGCUCUUCAAGGAAUCCACUAAGCUUAUCCACGACUACCUGAGCGUGGCUCCCUUUGCUGACUACCUCGACAGCUUGUACUUCAACCGCUUCCUGCAGUGGAAAUGGCUGGAACGGCAGCCAGUGACCAAAAACACUUUCCGCCAGUACCGUGUGCUGGGCAAGGGCGGUUUUGGGGAGGUUUGUGCCUGCCAAGUGCGUGCCACGGGGAAGAUGUACGCCUGCAAGAAACUGGAGAAGAAACGGAUCAAAAAGCGGAAAGGAGAGGCCAUGGCCCUGAAUGAGAAACAGAUCCUCGAAAAAGUGAACAGUAGGUUUGUAGUGAGCUUAGCCUAUGCAUAUGAAACUAAAGAUGCUCUCUGCCUAGUGCUGACCCUCAUGAAUGGAGGGGACCUCAAGUUCCAUAUCUACCACAUGGGAGAGGCUGGCUUCGAGGAGCCCCGAGCAGCUUUCUAUGCUGCCGAGAUCUGCUGUGGCCUCGAGGACUUGCACCAGGAGAGGAUAGUGUACAGGGACCUGAAGCCAGAGAACAUAUUGCUGGAUGACCAUGGUCACAUCCGUAUCUCAGACCUGGGGCUAGCUGUGCACGUGCCGGAGGGCCAAACAAUCAAGGGCCGGGUGGGGACAGUUGGCUACAUGGCUCCGGAGGUGGUGAAGAACGAGCGCUACACGUUCAGCCCAGACUGGUGGGCUCUGGGCUGCCUUGUGUACGAGAUGAUCGAGGGACAGUCCCCCUUCCAGCAGCGCAAGAAGAAGAUCAAGCGGGAGGAGGUGGAGCGGUUGGUGAAGGAAGUGCAGGAGGAGUACUCGGAGAAGUUCUCGCCCUGCGCCCGUUCCCUCUGCACCAUGCUCCUGUGCAAAGACCCUCUGGAGCGCCUGGGGUGCCGCGGAGCUGGGGCCAAGGAAGUGAAGGAGCACCCUCUCUUCAAGCACCUCAACUUCAGGAGGCUGGAAGCAGGCAUGCUGGACCCCCCCUUCAAACCAGAUCCCCAGGCCAUCUACUGCAAGGAUGUUCUGGACAUUGAGCAGUUCUCCACAGUGAAAGGGGUGGAGCUGGAGCCCACGGACAAUGACUUCUACCAGAAGUUUGCUACAGGAAGUGUGCCUAUUCCUUGGCAGAAUGAGAUGAUCGAGACGGAGUGUUUUAAGGAGCUGAAUGUCUUUAGCACAGAUGGCACGGUGCCCCCAGACCUGGACUGGAAAGGGCAGCCUUCUCCACAGCCCAAAAAAGGGUUACUCCAGCGCUUAUUCAGCAGACAGGACUGUUGUGGAAACUGCAGCGACAGCGAGGAAGAGCCCACCCGGCUGUAG